CUUUCUUUAAUACCCAUCAUCCUUUGCAGCGGCCGCUCUGCACCGAUCAAGAUGGCGGACAGACCAGUUCCCGUAGCUGAGAAGCGGCUGAUGGACGUGAAAUUGGGUGAGCUGGGAAGCUGGCUCGGAGGUCGUGACUUCACUCCCAAUGGUCUCCUUGCGUCUCUCCGCAGAGGCCACGACAGAUAUUACAACAAAUACAUCAAUGUGAAGAAGGGAGGCAUUGGUGGUGUCGCAAUGCUUCUGGUCGGCUACGUCGCCAUCAGCUACCUGUGGGAGUACGACCACAUCAAGCACGACCGCUGGAGGAAGUACCACUGAGGCCCUUCAGCAGCCAUCAGGGGUUGAACUUGAAUCGCUUCUACUCUCAGCUCUGUGUUAAUAUGUGACUGUUGUGACCAAUAAAAAUAACAGAUUUA